GGUCUGCACGCGCACAUGAAGCGCUUCGUCGUCAGCGACCGCGGCGUCGUCGCCGACCUCGGCAGCAACGACCUGCGCAACGCCGCCGCCAACCCGCUGGCGCUGUCGGGGUCCUCGGGGUCCUCGGAGCGCGGGGCGCACUCCAGGGCCGAGGCCAGGGCCUGGUACGGGGCGGAGCAGGCGCCAGGACUCGGCCCGCAGCCGGCGGCUUACUUUUCCGAAGCAUCAGCAGCACCGCCUUGGCGGCCACCCGAACGCCAGCACGGCCAGCACGGCCAGCACGGCCAGCACGGCCAGCACGGCCAGCACUUCGAGACUAGGCAAUUAGAGUACCGGCAAUGGGGGCAGCACUUCGGGCCCGCCGAGUACGGCCAAGUUGCAGUGCCUCAGCAAUUCGGGUCCUUCGGGUCCUUCGGGACCUUCGGGCCGCAGCGCUGGGCCGCGCCGGGCCUGCAGCAACAGCAACCCCCAGCCUGGCAGCGCGCCGAGCAGCAGCCCUUCGCGGGGCAGUGGGGCCGCCAGGACGCGGCCCCGCAGGAGAGGCUGUUCUUGCACGACGACAACCACCCCCAAGCACAGGACAGGGGGCGAAACCCGUCUCACGGCCAACGGGACGCCGCCGCCUUUCAGCAGCGGCCGAACACUCAGUGGAACGGGGCGGCGGUGAGCCGGUACCCUGCCUACGCUCAGAAGGACCUCCCUUCCUGGCAGCAGUCUCAGAGGCGGCAGCCCGUCGUCCAGCAGGACAACCACAGCCCCGCCGACCACCGCACCUCUCAGCAAAGGCGCCCUGCGACACAACAGGGCCUUCCCUACGACCAGCAGGGGUACCCUCAGUGGACGCCUCCCUCCCAGCAGCAGGAGCAAUCCAACACCUGGCAGGACUACUCCCACUCUCAGCGGGCCCAUCCCCAGCAAUACCACUCCCAGUUCCCGCAGGAGCACUAUUCCAACGCCCAAUUUGGUUCCUACCCUCAGCAGCCCUCGCCAGAUUAUUCCUACCCUCAACAGGUGCAGUCCCACCCCCAGCAGGACCGUCCCGACACCCAGCAGGAUCGCUCCGCCGCGUCGCUCCCAGUGGGGCGGCAGGGGUUGGAGAGCUCCUCCGUGCCGCCGCCGUGGACCGCCCCGUCUCUGGCCGUGGGUCAUGCAAGCGUACAGGAAGGCGGCCUGUGGCAGGGCGAGUCGCGAGAACCCUGGACGACCAAGUCCUCGCCACUGGAGGCACCGGGGCCGAGUACGCCGAGCCAGCAGCCGAACCAGCACUUCGGAGAGCCGCAGCCCGGCGACGCGGCACAACCCCACGGCAGUCCCAGCCCCAGCGACCCCAGCAACCCCAGCAACCCCAGCAACCCCAGCAACCCCAGCAACCCCAGCAACCCCAGCAACCCCAGCGACCCCAGCAACCCCGGUGGAGCGACUCCAGAGGGCCCUACUCGCCUGCAGAGCCUGCAGCCUCCCAGCCCUGGUGCCAGGAGCAGGCAGAUGUGCGAGCGGUACUCCAGGGCGACCCGGAAACAGCUGCGGGCGAACUCCCUGCUGCUCGGCGGGGACGACCUCGAGCAGGCGAACGCGGCGAACGAGGCGCACGUGGGGGACUGCAGCAACCCCAUCUCGCUGGUCGUCGGGGGCCAGAACGCGUCCCAGAACGAGUUCCCCCACAUGGCGGCGGUGGGCUUUCGCAGUGGCGGCGAGCUGGACUGGCUGUGCGGCGGCUCCCUCAUCAGCGAGCAGUUCGUGCUCACGGCGGCGCACUGCACACACACGGGCUGGGGGAGCCCCGUCGUCGUCCGCGUCGGGACGUCCUUCCUCGCCAACGCGCCGCCCUCGGCCCGCGCCGCCAUGGACGUGGCCGUCAAGGAGGUCGUGCCGCACCCCCAGUACGCGCCGCCCGCGCGCUACCACGACAUCGCCCUGCUUCGCCUGGACGGCGCGCUGGCCUUGUCGGACCGCGUGCGGCCCGCCUGCCUGCCGCCCCCGAGCGCCGACCUGCUGCAGCAGCCCGGGGAGCUCCCCGACGACCUCCACGACGACCUCCACGACGACCUGCCCGCCGACUCCCUGGUGGUGGCCACGGGCUGGGGCAGGCUCUCGUACGCCGGCGACGCGAGCGACGUGCUGCAGAAGGUGCCGCUGCGGGUCUGGCCACGCUCGUCCUGCGCGCGCGCCUUCCAGCCGGACGCUGACGGCGCGCACGGCCUCGGACAGCGCCAGCGCCUCCAGGACGGCCUCGGCCCCGGCAUGCUGUGCGCCGGCGACCCGCACUCCAACAAGGACACGUGCCAGGGAGACUCGGGAGGCCCCCUGCAAAGGGUGACGCCCGAUAACCCCUGCGCCUUCGAGGUGGUGGGCAUCACGUCGUUCGGCAAGGAGUGCGGCCUGGGGCUGCCCGCCGUCUACACCAAGGUGUCCUUCUACGUGGCCUGGAUCGAGAGCGUCGUGUGGCCGCAGUAGAGGCUUCCAACAAUGUGUGGAUGCAGUGUGUGGAAUUCAACUCUACUCGUAUUCCGGAAGAUAUUUAUUGGCACACACAAUCGAUUUGACAACAGUAUGUUCAGGAAUACAUUUACAUUCUUUUUGAUAUGCAAAUUCACAAUCAUUCAUGAAAACUAUAUUUAUGUACAUAUGACCUACAAUACUGCUACAAUAAGGAACGAAUAAAUUGUACGUUACAAUAACGAUAUAACUUCUAAAAUUAAACUUCUAAGUACAAAAUAAA